AUGAAAAGAACAAAAUCACACCCUGGCAAGAAUGCAACAAAGAAAACCAAAGCAAACGAUAGUACACUUUCAACACAAGACACUUCCUCCGAUUUAGAGCAAAUAAUUUUAUUCGAGGCCAAAAAGCCAAAUGAAAAACAAGCUAAGUUAAUUGCGAAACACUCUGAAAAUGCUUUAUGUAAUAGUAUUCCUCAACUUGAGAAAUAUUUAGACUUUUUGCAAAACAUUCACAACAAGGAUAUUGACAUUACAAACAAAGACUCUGUCUCUGCAACAUACAUUCUGAUGAAUCAAUUUCUCAAACAAGGAGAAAAGGUUUUUGUUGGUAUUCAAGCUGGUAAUCCAGAACGCUUGCGACAGUCAAUUUUGCAAACUUAUAGCUCGGACAAAGAUUUUUCGGAACGAAUAUGUGCUGCAGUCAAGGCUAUCAGUGUAAGCCUUUUGAAACAAAAAGGUUUAAUUGAAUCCACAUGCCCACCUGUGAGUUCAAAUCUCAAAGUUGGAGAUUUAGUUGAAAUUAUUGAAAAGGGAGAGAAUUGUUACUACAAGAUUGGUAAAGGAAGAGUUCAAUCACUCACUUCAACUAAUUGCAGUUUAAAUGACAUUAUAUUUCACGUUCCAUCCUUCGUUCAAGAUCAAAAGAAGACGAUUUUUGAUAUUUCAUGCCUUUCAUUAAUUGAAGAUCGAACCAAUCAUGCUCCUAUGAUUCAAAAUGCUUUUUCUACGGUUCAGCGAGGAUGUACUCCAGUCUCCUUAUUUUCCAUGAAUUAUGAUACUGAAGUCGAUGAUGACAAAAUUGAUGACAAUGAAGUUCUCUCUAUAACUCCACCGGAAAUUUCGGAUUCAAGAACAAACUCAAAUUCAAAUGUUGAAGAGAGUGAUUCUCCUUUGCAAAAUGAGCCCAAGUCUACGGAACCUACUGAUUAUAAGAAUUUCGCUAGUGAUAUCUUUUUCCUUCAGCAAGUCAAAGACCUCAGAGAGAAAAACGAGGCCUUAUCAUUGGAAAACAAACAGCUAAAAGAAUUAAUCAUCAAAUUGAAUAAGCCAUUGAACGCAUUAAUUGCUCUUCAAUUACAAUACCCGAAUAUUCUUCCAAGCAAAACAAUUUCUGUCACAUAUGGUGCUAAUGUGAAACAAAUACCCCCAAAUUUGGUGUCCAGAAUUAUCAACAGCAACAAGACGGCUCGGCUUGGCAUUGUUAGCAAUUAUUUGUUUGAUAAGGAUUAUGUUCUUUUGAAAGAUGAUCAGAAAGAUAUUGUAAUUGAUUGCAUUUUAGAAUGUACUGAGGUGCCAUUGGAUAAGUGGAAAGUGGAACGAAUAUUAUUGAUGAAUUUAAGUCGAACUUUAAAACACAACGCAUCAAAGAAAGAGCAUGAAUCCAAAACCAAGAGCAAGCAGUCGUUGUAA